AUGGCGAGUCUUGGCCAUAUAGCCAGAGAAUCAUCCGACGUCACACGCCUCGCCCAGUUUUACAAAGAGGUAUUUGGGUUUGAGGAGAUCGAGAGCCCUGAUUUUGGAGACCUAAAAGUGAUAUGGCUAAACUUAGCAGGUGCUUUUGCAAUGCACAUCAUCCAGAGAAACACUUCAACGAACCUCCCUGAAGGUCCUUACAGUGCCACCUCAGCGGUUCGUGAUCCUAGCCAUCUCCCAAUGGGUCACCAUAUCUGCCUCACCGUCUCCAACUUCGACUCUUUCCUUCGUUCUCUCAAGGAGAAAGGGAUAGAAACUUUCCAGAAGUCUCUUCCUGAUGGAAAAGUCAAGCAAGUCUUCUUCUUUGAUCCAGAUGGAAACGGAUUAGAGGUAGCAAGUCGAUCUGAGUAA